GUGGGAAGAGGGGCCGGAGGGAGGAAGCAACGGGACUGGUGCUGAUUGCGGGCCCCAGUGUCACCCUGUGGCUGCCAUCUCUCCCUCUCCUCUCUCCCCGUCUCCAGACGAGCCCCGUCUCUGAGCUGAUCGCCCGCCAUGUCUCAGGCCACAAAGAGAAAGCACGUGGUGAAGGAGGUGCUGGGCGACUACUCUCCCCCCUCCGAGAAGCAGCAGAUAGUGCGGGUGGUCGCCUCGCCGGGCAACAACCUCCACGAGGUGGAGACGGAGGAGGGGGGCCGGUUCCUCGCCAGCAUGCCCACCAAAUUCCGCAAGAACAUCUGGAUCAAGAGGGGUGACUUCCUGAUCGUGGACCCCAUCGAGGAGGGGGAGAAGGUGAAGGGGGAGAUCGCCAGUAUCUUGUACAAGGACCACAUUAAGCAACUCCGGAAACAGGGAGCCUGGCCGGCUGGCUUCUCAGAACCCGGGAGUCUAGACAGCGACGCCAAGAAGGAGGCAAGGGACCAGCGCUCGGCGCAGGAGCGGGAGGCGGAUGGAGAGGGCGAGGACGACUCGGAGGACGACGGGGAUCUGUUCGUCAACACCAACCGGAGGAACUACGAGUACUGUGAGAGCGAGGAGAGCGAGGAGAGCGAGGAGGGGGAAGGGGAAGGGAAGGGAGUGAGGGAAGGGGAGACGGAGAGGGGUUGAGCUGCCUCCAGGGGUGGUGGGGGGGCAAAGUCUCCAGCGUUGCGCUGGCAAGCGAGUGGUUUGUACCAUUGGGGGGGGGUUUGCCGUCUCCCCGUUCGAUCCCGACCACGGGCGCUUGUCUGUACGGAGUUUGCGCACGUGGGUUUUCUCCGGGCGCUCCGGUUUCCUCCCACCCACCUCCUCCCAUUCCCCCCCUCCCCCACCCAAUUUCACCACUCACUCCCCACCACGAUCAGUGCGGGCUUUGGCCGAGAUCUUUGCAUCCCGUCUCACGCCCCAAAGACGUGCGAUUGUUGUGGGUGAAUUGUCUCGGCAGCAACUUGAACCCCCCCCCAAGUAAGCGGGGGACAGUGUGAACGUGCUAGCCCCCCGUGAGGGGCCGAAGGGCCUCGUAUCCCCGCACCGUGCCUCUAAAACCCGAUGAGGACUCUCACCUGGCCUGCUGAGUUGCCCUUCCGUGUCCUUUGUCCCACCUGCCAUAGGUUUACGCUGUAUAUAUCGCCCCCUCUUUGAACCCUGGCUGAUGGGAACUUGUUUGGGGUGUGUGGUUGGGGGGGUGGCAGAUGACGGAUUCGAGGCCGGAUUUCACUCCGCUUCCGAGGUUGAACGAGGAGAGAACACAGCCUCUCCUCUCCCCGGCCGGCUGGGCAGUUCGUUGACUUAAUUGGAGCCUGUUAUUUUAACUCCCUCUCCAUCACCGCUGACCGACAGAUGAUCUGACCGCUGCCCCUCGCGAGGGCCAGAGAGAGGCAAAGGACAAGCUUUUUAAAAAAUAAAUUAAAAUGUUACAAAUGUG